AUGUAUGGCUUCCAAGCAGCAGAGCCAGACUUUGUCAUUCGGUCCAUCCCAGAUGGUACCGAUUUUGCAGUGGAGAAGCGAUGUCUUGUCUCCGGCAGCCAAGUUUUUCACGAUAUGUUCUCCUCAUGCCUGUCUGAGGGUGAACAGUUAUUAAAUAUCGACGAAACUUCAUCGACACUCUCGCUGCUGCUGAGGGUCUUGCACGACCCCCCUCCUUUGUUGUUGACUGGACAUGCAGCCAUCCACGAUGGUCCUCGGGAGGCUUCAGAAGAAAUCGUGAUUCCCUUCCCUCUGUUGCCCAUAUUACUUCAUCUUGCAGACAAGUAUGCGUUACUCGAACCAUCGUUGGCCGUUAUACGCUCCCAUCUUGCUGCCUACUCCGCAAGCUUCCCUUUGCAAGUAUAUGGCCACGCGGUUCGAAUGGGUUGGCGAUCUGUAGCCGCAGACGCGAGUGAAUUUCUGCUACACCCUUUGACAACCUAUUCGGCGGAGGAUGUCGCAAUCAUCCCAACGGCCGAUGCAUAUCACCAGUUGGUGGUACUGCAGGAAACACGGAGAAAGGCACUGAAGCAGUUUCUUCUCGGCGAGGAACUCUUUCCGCAUGGUUAUGGCUUCUGCACCAGACACGGAGCACAGAUGACCAUGCAAUGGAAUCAUAUGAAGGCCCAACUAUAUGAGCAAGUGGAAGCCACAACGAAUGUACCUCUCGGCAUGGGAUCGAUUACCAGUGCCGUCGGCAAUUGUCCACACUGUCGCAAAGCUUGCGAGGCUGCUCUGGAGAUGUUAGCGUAUAAAUGCAGAAAAGCUCCGCGAAAAAUUGAUUAUGCAGACGAGGAUGACUAG